AUGGUUGAUCCGUUGCGCGAACAGGUUAUCAAGUUUUAUGAUGAGCUACCGACGUGGGGGAAGUAUGCUGUCGCUGGCGGAUUUGCCUUAGCUCUCUACAUUCCUUACAAAUAUUUCACAACGCGUGCGAGGAAAACACCAAUCAAGGAUGAUUAUAAGCAGGGUGUUGUCUAUCUGUAUCAGUUUCCACGAGCAAAAUGUAUACCAUCGCAAUCACCGUUCUGCUUGAAGCUCGAGACAUGGCUCCGCAUGGCCGACAUACAGUACGAGAAUGUGUGUAACUGGUUUGUACGUUCUCUGGAAGGCACUUUACCGUUCGUGGAAUACAAUGGAAAAGAAUAUCCAGACUCGUCACUUUCCAUACGGUAA